CGCAACCUCAACCUCCACCACCCCGUCGGUCUCGGGCAAGAUUCAUUGAUUGACGGAAGGCUGUCCAGCAUGUGACCGCAGCCACCUCCCCGACUUGCGGGACAAGACGUGGAGCCAGGCGCUAUCGCGAUCUACUGGCCGAAGCUGGCCGGAUGGGCUUCUGUUACGUUAACACCGCAGCGCCGUCACUUGGUCUUUACUGUAAUUCCUGGCCAUCGUCAAUCUUUUUCAUAAUCCCAGUCUCUUUAGAGUAUCUUCAGGAAGAUGAAGCAACCGCUUGAACAAAUUCUGGGCACUGCUCAAACGAAUGGGACUCAAACGGAUGGAGCGCAGGAGAAUGGCGUGAUCGGUGGGGAUGAAGAGAAGAAAGGGCUUAAGAUUUUGAUUGUGGGAGCGGGGAUCGGUGGGUUGACGGCAGCUAUUGCGUUGAGGAAACAGGGGCAUGAAGUUUUGAUUUUUGAGCAAAGCCAGUUUGCAAGUGAGCUUGGAGCUGCAGUUCAUCUUGCCCCCAACGCGAAUGGGAUUUUGAAGCGUCUUGGGAUUCACGCUGAAGACUUUGGGUCGAAUCCUAUGGAAGUUUUGACUGAGUAUACGGCUGAGGGAACGCGGACCAGGCAUAUUAAUUUGGUGCAGCCGAAUGAAAUUUGGCAGCAUACAUGGCUACUUGCUCAUCGAGUCCAUCUUCACAACGCUUUGAAAAAGGCAGCAACAGAUCCAGAGGGUGAGGGUCUCUUCGCUAAACUUUCAACUUCAAGCAGAGUUGUCAACGUGGACCCGGACAACGCAACUGUUACUUUAGAAAACGGCAACACUGUUCAAGGAGAUUUGAUCCUCGGAGCAGAUGGCGUCCAUUCCGUGACCAGAAAAGUAGUGGCAGGACGAGACAUCAAGCCCUACGGUUCCGGCAAGUCCGCAUUCCGCUUCCUGAUCAGUCGGGAAGCAGCGCAAGAAGAUCCCAUCACAGCGAAAUUUGCGCAAGCAACCGGCGAACUAAGCAUCUGGUACGGCGCUGACAGACGGCUUGUUGUCUAUCCUACAACCAACAACCAACUCCUCAACUUUGUGUGCAUCCACCCGGAAGCGGAGUCCGAAGCCGGCUCGGAUACAUGGAAUAGGGGCGCAAGUUUGGAGCAGAUGUUGAAGAUUUAUGAGGGAUUUGAUCCAGCUGUGGUGGCUCUGAUUUCGAAAGCUGAUAGGGAGAGUUUGAAGGCGUGGAAGUUGCUGGACAUGGAGGUUAUGAGUUCGUGGGUUAAAGGAAAACUGGCUUUGUUGGGUGAUGCCGCUCAUCCUUUUACACCUCAUCAGGGCCAAGGUGCUGGACAGGCUAUCGAGGAUGCUGCUACUCUUGCGGUGGUGUUCCCUGGCGAUGUGAAGAAGGAGGAGAUUACAGCGAGGCUGGAGUUGUAUCAAAAGAUUAGGAUGGAGAGAGCCCAUCAAAUUCAGGAAUAUUCUCGCAUUGCGGGAAGUGAUCUCAAAGAGGGUGUGAAGAAUGACAUGACCCAAUACACAAACUACAACUUCGGCCACGACGAAUGGGACAACUCGGUCCAAGAACUGCGCAAGUGGACCUGGUCUCGCACCCCCUCUCUCUACUGGCGGAUGCCAAUAGCAUUCGGUCCCAUGCCCGGACCACGACAAUCGCACUUCGGCCACCCACGACAAGCAGAAGACUCAACCUUCACCACCGCAUCCAUCAAAUUCAAGACCUCGCGGACAAUGCUGCAAAACCUAUUCCCACACACCAGCUCCUCGUAUCGCUUCAAGAGUCCCGGCACUUUCGCCUAUGCCUCCUUCUCCCAAACCACACUCGGGAAGAUGGAAUGGCUUGGCGGCUCAGGGUACAACCAUCUCGGACUGUACAUCCACGGCGUCGAGUACGUCAAGAAAGACGGUUCGGUGAUUUCAGGCACCUACAUGCCUCUCCUUUUCGAAUCCCUUACCGACCCCAUCGUCUCCGGGCGCGAAGAACUGGGCAUGCCGAAACUCUACAGCUCCCUCGAUAUCCACCGUCGCGCUUCCUCCUACCGAAUCAACGCGGGCUGGGAAGGUGCUAUAUGGGGGAACUUCGUCCUCUCCGACCUCGUCGAGUCAUCGCAAUCUAACGAAUCGGGCAAGAUCUCAGGCGAAGACGACGAUGGGAUAUUAGUCUAUCGAUACAUACCAAAGGUUGGGAGAGAAAGCAAAGGGGAGGCAGAGGCGGAAUAUCCUGUUUUCGUGCCGUAUGCUGAGGAUUUCCCGACGCCGAGGCCGAAGAGGGUGUUCAAGGCGAACAAGGCGAGCUUCAAGAUUGAUCCGCUGGAUACGGAUGCGUUGCCGACGUUGCACCAUAUUAUUUCUCGGCUGGCGGAGUUGCCAGUUUAUGAGGUUGUUAGUGGCAAGGUUGUGGAGGGCGUGGGUGUUCCUGACGUUGCGGCGGCGCGGAGGAUUGAAUAGGGGUUUGCUUACUUUCUCGUCGUAUUCUCGCAUGUUACUUCUCGUCAUGCUUCAAUAUUGCUAUCACGACUUCAUAAUUAGACAGAAACAGCAAAUCAUAUUUGAUUAAAGCAAGU